AUGGAACAACAAUUUUGCAGCGAGGUGAAAGAAGAAGCGCUCUAUUGCGAUUCAAAACCUACAAAGCCAAGGUUGUGGAAUCCAUCAACAAAGAAAGUCCGGUACAUUGGAAGGUCGGGUGCUUAUAAUGAAUGUUCCAAAACUGUGUAUGGAUUCGGGUAUGAUGAAUUAACUGAUGAUUACAAAGUGGUAGAAAUAAUUGAUCCAAGAUUUUUGUGCAGUAUAAACAUUUAUAGUGUAAGGAGGAAGUGUUGGAAGAGGUUAAGUGAGAGUCCCAAAUUAGUUGGUAAAUACUGUUAUCUGGUGAAUGGAGCUCUUCACUGGGAGGCCUUCCCUAAGCACAAUAGGAAAAGGAGUAAUCUUCCUAGUAGUAUUUUAUCGAUAAACCUAUCAACAGAGGCAUACCAAGAGUUGGAUUUCCCUCAACCUGAACAUCAGCUUAGUCAUGAACCAAUCGAUACAAGAAUAGGGGUACUAAAGGAUUGUCUUUGUGUUUGUUUCUACUCUUCUUUCAAUCGAGUGCAAGUCUGGAUGAUGAAGGAAUAUGGUAUGAAAGAAUCGUGGUAUAAGUUUGCGUCCAUUCCACAUAUGUUAGUUAGGGGGCGACAGUGUGUACCACCCAUAUGGUUGUUUGAGAAUGGUGAGAUUCUACUCAUUCAUGGGUAUAAGCUGAUGACUUACAAUCCAAGUGAGGGUAACUUCAAAAGGUGCUUCCGUUCUGCUGAUGCAGAGUGGCGGAAAUGCAACAAUAUUGAUCGAUACAGAUGGGAUAAUCAUCAUAACCUCUUCAAGCGUCCGGAAUGCUAUGUGCAAAGCCUCAUCGAUCUCCCUUAG